UCCGUUUGCAGUUGUGCAGGUCUCAGCGCACGUCCUCUGGCGGGGGUUGGACGCACAUUAGGGGACUUGGGAGUAAAUAUACAACAUUAAUCUGCGAAUUCCAUCAUGGCAGCGACACUAAUUCGUUCCGUUAUAAAGAAGAGGAUUCCUCUUCAGAUGGGAUGCAUGUGUUACUCCUCCUCUGUGCCCACCACUAAGUUGUUCAUUGAUGGAAAGUUUGUGGAAUCCAAGAGUUUAGAAUGGUUGGACAUUCACAAUCCAGCCACCAACGAGGUCAUUGGCCGAGUACCAAAGGCCACACAGGAUGAGAUGUUGGCCGCUGUGGACUCGUGCUCGCGGGCGUACCACACCUGGUCUGACACUUCCAUUCUGGCUCGCCAGCAGAUCUUCCUCCGCUACCAGCAGCUCAUUAAAGACAAUAUUAAAGAGCUGGCCAAGUUGAUAACUCUGGAGCAGGGGAAAACCUUGGCUGAUGCUGAGGGCGAUGUAUUCAGAGGACUGCAGGUUGUAGAGCACACAUGUAGUAUUACAUCCCUUAUGUUGGGCGAGACUCUCCCCUCUAUCACUAAGGACAUGGACACAUACACAUACCGCUUGCCAAUUGGCGUGUGUGCCGGUAUCGCUCCCUUCAACUUCCCUGCCAUGAUUCCUCUGUGGAUGUUCCCAAUGGGCAUGGUGUGUGGCAAUACCUAUCUGAUGAAACCCUCAGAGAGGGUCCCUGGCUGUACCAUGAUGCUGGCAAAACUGCUGCAGGAUGCCGGAGCUCCAGACGGAACAUUAAACAUCAUUCACGGACAGCAUGCCGCUGUAAACUUCAUCUGUGAGCAUCCUGCCAUAAAAGCGAUCAGUUUCGUGGGCUCCAAUCAGGCCGGCGAGUACAUCUACGAAAGAGGCUCCAAAAAUGGCAAGAGAGUGCAGAGCAACAUGGGGGCAAAGAAUCAUGGUGUUGUGAUGCCUGAUGCCAACAAAGAGAACACAUUGAAUCAGCUGGUUGGUGCAGCUUUUGGAGCAGCAGGUCAGAGAUGUAUGGCACUCUCCACUGCUAUACUUGUAGGAGAGGCACGAAACUGGUUGCCUGAACUGGUUGAACGUACAAAGAGUCUCCGUGUCAAUGCAGGUGAUGAGCCUGGAGCUGACGUGGGACCUCUCAUCUCCCCCCAGGCAAGAGACCGUGUUAACAGCCUUAUUCAGAGUGGUGUGGAUGAGGGAGCCAAGUUGCUGCUUGAUGGCAGGAAUGUGAAAGUCAAGGGUUAUGAAAACGGGAACUUCGUAGGACCAACCAUCAUUAGCAAUGUCACGCCGGAUAUGAAGUGCUAUCAGGAGGAGAUCUUUGGACCUGUGUUGGUAGUCCUGGAGGCUGACAGCUUGGAUGAUGCCAUCAAAAUGGUCAAUAAGAACGCAUAUGGCAACGGAACUGCCAUCUUCACCACCAAUGGUGCCGCUGCACGUAAAUACACCCAUGAAGUAGAUGUCGGUCAGAUUGGAGUUAAUGUACCAAUCCCCGUCCCACUGCCCAUGUUUUCAUUCACCGGUUCCAGAGGCUCCUUUAGGGGCGACACCAAUUUCUAUGGAAAGCAAGGCAUCCAGUUCUACACACAGAUCAAAACUGUUACUUCACAGUGGAAGGCAGAAGAUGCUACAUUGAAAUCUCCCACUGUUACCAUGCCAACAAUGGGACGCUAAGUGUCAAUAACCUGACAGCCCUUAUCUCCAAUUCUUCAAUACUACAAGUUUUAACUACUGAACGGUUGGGAAUUUUCAAAUGAAACUGAACUUUUCACUGCUAAACUAAUAUGUAGUGAAAUAAAUCUGAAAAUGUGAAUCAAAUUUUUGCCAGUUCUCACCAUCAUAACUUUUGCUAAUAUAUACACAAUAUAAUGGCCCCCUGUAAAUUUGCUUGGAGUGUAAAGGUGUUUCCUCAAAAAAGUUUGAGUGCCACAUGUUCCAAUAGCUGUAGCAAGCUGGUUAGAGCAUUAACUCUGUUUUCUGAAUUGUUCAACUUUAGCAUAACCUCUGGUUAUAUUUGAAUGUCUGUAUACAUAUACAACAUUUGAAAAUGUAAACUUGCCAACUGUGGUUGUAUAGAAGACUGUUAUGGGCUGUUUGCCUCAAUAAACAAUUAAAUGAA